AUGCCGCAAGGCACGGGCCGCGCUUGGGGAACCGGCACCCCUGGAGCCGAAGCAAAAGAGAUGUGCAUCACACGCAGUGAGAUUCUCUUCAACCCGGGCCUCAUGGAUGCCGAAGCGCUCUACGAUCGUUGCUCUGACAAGACUGGACGCACUGCGCCGCGCGCUUCGUUUUCAGCUCGCAGUUUGUUGAGAAGCCGGGAGGUGCUGCAAGUGCUGCACGCCAAGAAGGACACCGUGGUGGCAGUCUUCGCGGGCCACGAUCAUGACGGCGGUUUCUCGGUGGCUGACGCGUCGAAUUAA